AUGGAAAGUCACCGAAAUAGACAACUUAAAAAGGCAACCAAGAAGUCACAUCAGAUCACUUAUGAGAACGAAGAUGCUGCACGUUCAGCACUAAUAGAAUUCUGUAUCUAUGUGUGCUUCCUGACGGUGACGCUCUUAGUUGCGACAUCUUCACGCCACAUGUCAAUGUAUUUCUUCAGCAAAGGCAUCGAAAAUCUGUUCUUAUCGCGCGAAGUCAACACGUUUACACACGAAGCUUCCGUAAGGUUCGCCGAUUUGGCUACAACAGCCGAUAUGUGGGCAUUUUUGGAAACGAAAUUCAUUAUCGAUCUACAUGGCGAUAACGCUUCCCAGUCCAGCACGUCGGGUGAGCGUGCCGCGGGCACCCAUAGCGUGGAGAAUAAGCUAAUUUUUCUGGAACAGAACCUUGUAUUAGGCCCACCACGCUUGCGUCAAAUACGCGUGAAGGAGGGCAGUUGCGAUGUACACGAUGUCUUUGGUAGAUAUUUUAAUAAGUGCUAUGCGGAUUAUUCGAGUGGUGUUGAGGAUACUUCCAAGGAGUUUAAGAGCGCCAAAUAUAAGACGUUGAAUGAGUUGGGAGCUCACUCGAUUUGGGGUGAGAUCAGCACUUAUCGUAGCGGUGGUUUUGUGAAGGACUUCACCUACGACUUCAACGAAAAUAAGCAAAUUAUGUCCAAUCUGAAGACGGAAAAGUGGCUAGACCGCGCUUCACGUUUGAUAAUAGUUGAAUUCACGCUGUUUAAUGCGAAUCGAAAUAUAAUGAAUAAUGUUAAAUUUAUUGGCGAAUUGCCCUCGACUGGUGGUGUUGUUACUUCGUAUAGCAUACAGUCAGUUAAAAUGGCAUCGGUCUUUUGGAAGGACGGCAUUUGGGUUCUGCUGACAGGCAUACUAUUUUAUAUGUUUAUCAUCUAUUAUACAAUAGUUGAGAUUAUGGAAGUCCUACGUAUCGGUGUGGCGAAUUAUGUGCGUAUAAUGUGGAACUUUGUAGAUUUUUUGAUUAUUGUGCUAGCCUACCUAACAUUGAUCUAUAAUAUCUGGCAUCCGUUUUAUGUAAACACGUUGUACAAGAAAUUUGAAGAAAAGCCAAACGAAUUCCUGGUUUUGGACACCUUCUGCUUCUGGAACCUAAUGUACCGCAACACUUUAGCAAUUUGCACAUUUUUGGUUUGCAUCAAAAUAUUCAAAUUCAUUAGCUUCAAUAAGACAAUGCGACAGUUUAAUGCAACCGUGAGUACGUGCUUGCGCGAUCUCUUGGGCUUCAGCGUUAUGUUUGGCAUUGUCUUUCUGGCCUACGCCCAGUUAGGUCUGCUACUAUUCGGCAACGUGCAUUACGAUUUUCGCAAUUUUUAUGAGUCAUUGCUGACGAUGAUACGCAUGAUCUUGGGCGACUUCGAUUAUGAGGGUAUCGAGGCGGCUAAUCAUGUGCUGGGUCCAAUAUACUUCCUAACCUACAUAUUCUUGGUGUUCUUCAUAUUACUGAAUAUGUUUUUGGCUAUCAUCAACGAUACCUAUAGUAGUGUGAAAAGUGAGGUACAAGGUGGUCGCAAUUAUUUAACACUGUAUCUGCGUAAGUUGCUGCACAAAUUUUGUCCAAAAUGUUGUCGUCCGGCGGCACAAAGCGAUGAAGAACGAGGGCCGCACACUGAGAGCAGGCGAGAAGGGGAUCAAUCAAAGCAUUCGCUUCGAAAAGAUAACGCAUCCGAUUAUUUUGAACCCGUCAGAAGACAAGAAUCGGAAACACAAAGUGCAGAAGCUGCUGCGAUUAGUCGUUUGACGGCGCGUGUUGCCGCUUUGGAGGACGUCAUCGAACAGCUGGUGGGAGAUGUCGAUCGCACAAUGCGUAAAGUUGUGCCGCGGCGGCGUAAACGGCCGAAUAGUAGGCAAGAAGCGUCAUCGUAGGUGGUGAAUUGUAAAUGGGAAGCGUCAAAAUAUAUAAGAGAAGA